AUGUGGUCCUUGAAAGUCCUCAUCGUUCUCUGUACCCUCAUACAGUGGGAAGCAAAUGGGGUUCAUGGAGGGUCGUAUCCCACAGACUGCUCCAGCCUUCGUUUUCAGAACGCACCAAGUGGGAUGUAUUACAUACAACCGCUCGGGCCAAACACCCAACCCAUUCGUGUGUACUGCGAAAUGACAAUCGGUGGGGGUGGCUUCACCUUUCUUCCCCGCAGCCUUACAAGAAUAUCAUCAGCGAGCAGGAUUGUCAGAGCUUUAUUUCGAGACAGGUACAAUGUCCUGCUGAAGUUGAAGAAGAAAAGUGGUAGCGAGUCAUACACUCUGAUCCAGCCUCAUCCGCAUUUCGCCAGCACAGGGUUUGGGAUGUUAGUCAACAGUUUCCAUGGUUACACCAGACCGCUGAACGCCUUCAUGGAAGAGUACAUCCUUCUCGGUAUUAUUCCAACAUACGCUGCAGGCCGCCGUAGUAUCCAAGGUUUCAAAUCCAACGGGCACAUAAUCCAGUUCCAAAAUUGCGAUGCCAAUCCCAACAGCUAUUUUGCAUUCAUGCCAAACCACAAUCAUCAAACUCCCAGUACCUACCACAGCCACAACCUAAUCGACGAGAAAGUAGGUGUGGGUGUCGACUGGCGCUCCAAGGCAAUUCCCAUCACCCAUCCUCAUCGCACCAUGCCGAACGAAUUCUUCUUCUUGACAGAGCUGCAUUUUGGUGGUUGUGGAACCUACACCUCUAGUGACCGAUGGAGCAAGUUUGGCUUUCAUGCCACCGCCAUUGGAAUUCGCUAA